AUGGAACAGUAUGACUUGUUAGCGCCAGGGAAUCUUGUACGAUUCGUCGGCGAUGUUCUCAAGACUAUCGGAUGGCCAGCCAUAGUGGCUAUUCUGGUCUCCAUCUGCGUGGUGACUCGUCUCAUCACCGAAUAUCAAAGUCGUUCCCGUGGGAUCUCCGAGGGACGUCCGCGUCCCGUAAGGACGGUGCCAUAUUGGCUGCCCUGGCUAGGCCAUGGCCCGGCUUUUGCCUGGGACCAUGUUGAUCUCAUUCAAAAGUCCAGAAAGUCGAUGAAGGAGGCCGUGUUUGGAAUCUACAUGGGUGGCACCAAACACGAUAUUGUCCUGGCCCCAUCCCUGGUCAACUCGGUAUUGGCUGCUCGGGGUACCUCCUCGACGGACUUGAUCAAUUAUGCCCUUGAGAAGAUCUUUGGCGACCGAGGUGUGGUUCGUAAAUUGAAUCCUGUAGACCAUCAUACGCUCAACCACAAUAUUCCCAACCUUCUCAUGCGGGAGCCUUUUUUGACCGAAGGCACCAGAACCGCUACCCGCUUGAUUGAACGGGAGAUCCCUAAUUUGGUGACCAACUGCCGAAGCAUCGUGGACCAGAUGCUGUGGGAGCGCGGAAGCCAGGCUAUUGUCGUUGACGGGGAAGACCCGCUUGCCUGCGAGGUGAACUUUUUCGCCCUCAUCAGAAGGUUCGUUGGACACGUUACUACGGCAAUUUUCAUGGGCGAGGCCAUUCUUGAGGCUUUCCCUGCCCUGCUGGAAGAUGUGUUCACGCUGGACAAUCAGUUUGUGCCUCUGUCCAUGGGCAUCCCUCGGUUGGCCCACCCUGGGGUUUCUGCAGCGCAUGUUGCCCGUCGACGGCUCCUCGAUUCUCUUACAGAGUACCAUCAGGCCUUCGUUGCUUGGGAUGAUGGGAUUGAUCCUGGACUCACGUUUCGAGAUCUUGACGACAUCUCGGAACCUAUAAAGGAGCGGAUCCGCAAAUGCAAAGAGCUAGGACUUUCUGCAAGGUCUAGCGCACCAAUACAUCUAUCCUUGCUUUGGGCGAUGAACGGAAACUCCCCGAAUGUUGUCUUUUGGCACCUUCUCCGGAUGUAUGCCAGCCCUACGCUCCUGGAAGAGAUUCGCAAGGAGGUCGCUCCUUAUGUGAAGAUUGUCCGGCAGGAAAGCGGCUUCGCUUUCCAAGAAGCCCCCAAGCUGUCAAUCGAUACAGAUGCCCUAGUCAAAUCGUGUCCUUUGUUGAAGGCAAGCUUCUAUGAGACAUUGCGCUUAGAUUCAGCGCCUCUGUCGUUUCGGGGAGUUACCGCUGACCUCACCAUCACGGAAUCCGCUGAAGAUGCCGCUAUCGCCGGCGUAGCGCAGCCUCGGUCAUAUGAGCUCAAGAAGGGCGAUACCGUGGCUAUUCCGCACGCUGUUCUCCAUACAGACCCCAAAUACUUCGCUAAUCCUCGUGAUUAUGACCCAAUGAGGUUCAUCUCUACCGACUCCGAAACCGGCCAGAGGAAAGCGAACGUACACACCAUCAAGCCAUUUGGUGGCGGAGUAUCGGGAUGCGAGGGCCGUGCCUUUGCAGAGAGGAAGCUCCUUGCGUUCGCCGCGGCAAUCAUCACCAUGUGGGAUGUCAAGCCCGCCCAAGAGGGAGGCUUCACCAUUCCUGAACAUCGGCCGUCUGGCGCGGCAUAUCUGCCUCGGAAGGAUGUCCGGGUGCGGAUCACGCAGCGUGCUUAA